UCACAUCACAUCACCCAAGCUAACUGGCUCGUUGGCUAAACACAUAAACCAACCCGCGACAUACAAUACUAGGUACCUAGCACUUACCUAAGAAGAGCAUCUCAGAGCAUACCUGGGUAGAGAGUAUUAAAAAGAUCGAGUCUCGAGUUCGAGGGACUCUGUUCCCAAAAGAGAAAAAGAAAAAGAAAGAAAAAAAGUGCGAACGCAUGCACGCACGUACACAACCUGCGAUGCCAUCUUACGACCAGAACAAAGCACCGUCAGCAUCCGGUACAUCUAUCCCUGGCGCGCAUCGCAUUCUACCCGCCGACAUCGAGCGGGUUGAUGCCUUCGCGCGGAAGCUGUACAAGCGGGCUCGAGCCGCCGGUCCUGAUUUAGACGAGAUCUCGACGGCGGUGCGCGGCCUGCACACGGUGCUCAAACACCUGAAAUUCGAGACGGAGGAUCCUGAGUCUUUGCUCUGCGCGGACGACGGGAGCGCCGUAUAUGCGCGGCAGCUGACGCCGAUCCUCGAGGACUCGGAGUUUGCCCUGAAGCAGCUAGACACCAUUUUGGAGAAGAAGGCCGGAGGAGGCGGUGGCGAUGGUAAGAUGCGGAUGGACGGGGAGAAGGGGUGGACGAUGCUGGAGAGGCGGGAGAAGGACAUGAUCGGCGUGAUAGGGUCGAAGCUUGCAAAUCAGAAGCUGAACAUCGACAUGUUCCUCGACACGAUCCAGCUGCACAACCCGUCUAAGUCCCGGCGCAUGGUCGAUACGAAUAGCGCGGAUCUCGACUCGAUCAAAGAUAAGGUGGAUGUUAUCGCGACGCGCAUAUGCCAGCGGAAGAAUUCCAAUUUGGCGGAUGAGAACGAAGAGGAGUUAUGGGAACGUUUUAGGGACGGGCUCGAAAGUGCAGGAUUCUCUAGGGAGGUGUUGCGUAAGAAUCAGGACGUCAUAAGAGCCUACAUCCGCCAGUUAGACGAGCAGCUGAGCGCCAACGGCGGCAGCACUCCUUCGGUGCGGGGGCUUCUGGAGCAUUACCGGCCUCAGGCUCAUGACGGCCUACAGAUCGCUCCGUACCCAACGUGCCCAACCCAUACCACGUCGGAUGAAUUUAGUCCGGAGGAGCUGCAGUCCGGAAUCGACGAGGAGAAACUAUUUCCAUCCAUGAGGAUGAAGCGUUUGGAAGGAGAAGACGACGACGACGACCAACGAAAACAACCACCACCGCCGCACAGCAUGCCGAAUCAUCCUACUUACCUCUCCUAUGACCGUCAUUCCUCAAGCGGCGACGAUGACGAGGACACGAUGGCGCUCAUGUCCACGCGGGAGCUUAUGGCGCUCGAUAAGCGAGCCGCCGAGCUGACCCUUGCGAGGUCUCCCGGGACCAUGCGUCUGGACCAACAAUAUCAAUUCUCCCCAACCGUCCCGGUGUCGGCAAACUACCACACGUCAACUUCCCCAACCCAUCAUCAUCAUCCUCAACCCCCAACAUCCCGUCCCGCCCUUCCAUCCUCAUCCCAACCUCACAACGUCGUCGUCGACCAAUCCGUAGUACCCUCGCGGCACAUCCCACCAUCCGGUAGUAGCUUAGAGCAACAACAAGCGCUCGCGACACUACAACAGCGAAAUGCACGUCUAGCUCCUGAUAGCCAAGGUCGGGAGAUCCCGCUCGAGGCGAAGUGGACACGUAUCUCACGACGUCUGAUAUCGCCCGAAGUCCUCGCCGGGGCCGGGGUGCGGUACGAAGCACGGCCGGACUUCGUGGCCGUACUAGGAGAGUUAAGCCGGGACCAAGUAGCCGACUUCGCGCGGCGGACGACCGAGGCUAGGAAUUCGAGACGCCGGCGAUCAAGUGCUGCUAAUGCUGCUGCUACCCCUAUUGCUACUAUUGCGGCGGGGAAUGGUGUGAGUGGGAGGCGAACUGAGGAUAAGUAUCAUCCGGACAAGUACCGGAAUUGGAAUGUGAUUGAGGAGGAAGAGAGGCGGCGAGAUGGAGGUGGUGGUAGGGAUGGGUACAACUCCAACGCUGAUGACAAUGGUGCAACCUACGUGGUGAAUAGCCGUCGUCGGAACCGAAAAGGAAGUACGGCGAGUUCAGUAAGCGCGCUGUACGACUCAAGCGACGACGAGGGGACCUCCGACAGCGAGGCAGAUUACGGCGACAGAGACCGAGACCACCACGAUCCUCGCGUUCCCUAUCCCGCAGCCUACCCUACCGCCGCAGCGAGCGGGAGCGGCGAGAGCGAGAACGGUCCCGGUCCCGGGUUCGGGAUAGAGAUAGGGAAAGGGAGCACGAUCGGGAAAAGCGAUAUCACCGGGAGCAAUCGAAAGAGCGACAUCAUCGGGACGGCAAAGAGUACCAUUCCUCCUCCUCACACCGCGACCGGGAUCGGGAUCGGGAUCGGGACGAGGAGUACCACCGCCACCGCAGUUCCGGACACCGGUACCACGGGGGUGGGGGGUCGAGUACGACGUCCCGACGGACGCGGGAUCGGGAGUACCACGAUGAUCACUACAGCGGGGGUAGUGGGCGGAAAGAAGACCGCACUUCGAAGAAGAAGGCGCGGGACGAGACGAUCCGGGCUGUUGGGCUUGGGGGCGCGGCGGCUGCGAUGCUGAGUAUGCUGAGCGAGGCGGCGCUUUAGAAGGGCGCUGGUCGCUUGGUGUGUUAGUACCGGGUAUGGAAGCUGCCGCGGAAGAAAGGGGAUUUGUGGAAUGGGGCAGGGGUUUGAAGUUGGUGGAUGGGUGGUAGGAUUUAAGUUGCUCUCUAGUUGGUUUAGGGGAUAAGGGGUAGGGGGGGAAGUGUAAAAAGUGUAGCAAUGAAGAAAGGAAGAAAGCAAGAGAGAGAGAAAGCAAGAAAUAACAAGAAAAGAGAGAGAGAGAGAGAGAGAGAGAGAACAUAAAACGACGAGACGAAAAUGAUGAUUCAUCACGAGAACACGAUACCAUUUGCUUGUUUGUAUCAGGGUAAGGCUAUCCGGUCUGCUAGCUGAGCUGCGGGAGGGAUCGCCCGUCUUCCGUUCGAGUACCUAUGAACGGGAUUCGGACGCGUCUUGUCUCGUUUUAUCUUCUAGUAUUUGGAAUUAAUGGUAUCCGUCUACGAAGUCUGCAAGUGAUGCUAGGAACCUGGGGAGCAGAGCGGUGGUAUACAUAUUACUUGUAGGAUGCUUUCGAUACCCAAUAGAGUCAAGCGAUAUAUAUUCAGAUAGGGAACAAAUUAUGUACUGAC